AUGAACAGUGAGGAACUACACAACUAUUCAGUUAGGCUGCUGCUGGCGCACGACGAUCGCCUACGGUGCUUUCUCGAUGCAUCCGUCUCCCGGGAUUGGGAGUCCGCUGUGAGUGAGUGGCACACGCUAAAACAAGAGGAUCUUGCGUUCCAACGACAGGCGCCUUCUCUCCCGUGCGUUGACGUUCUUUCCGCGGGUAAAGCAAAGUUUUUCACCGACGAGGAAUUCUUUUCGCUGACGAAGCAACUGGAAAACAUCACGGCUGCGCUCUCUGGUUCCUCGGCGGCACCAGUGAGUAAGCGUCACGCCGACAGUGACGUUGACCAUGCGUCGAGCCAAGUCCAAGAUGUGACCUCGCUGGACCCCGCUAUGCACUCCAGCUCUUCUGACGCCGAGGAACGGCGGAAAUGCCAAGAAGCGAACGAGGCGUACCAACGUGGAAAUUAUAGCGAAGCUGCCGAUAUAUUCUCCUCGGUAAUUGGCUCUUGUCUGCCAAAUAUGUUGAGUGCCGCCCUCCUAGGGAACCGUGCGGCGUGCUACUUGCGCAUGGAAAAUUACAAACUUUCUCUUCGUGAUGCGAUGCGGUCCUAUGAAAUAGAUAAUGAAUACGUUCUUGGUGUUCGCCGGGCUGUGCGGUCCCUCAUAUGCUGCGGAAGAGUUGUUGAAGCGCGACAAACGAUGGAAAGAUUCAAGAAGAACAAGUGCGGUUACACCUUUACGCCCGAAUUGGCUGAGGUCACUUUGUAUGAAAACUACUUUGCUUCCUUAGGUAGAAAUGAACAUGCAACGGCCCUAAGGUAUUUAAAUGAAUUGCUGGAACGUGUGCCGUGUGCGUCGUUCGAAGUGCUAAAGGUGCAACUUCUCGCCAUUGAGGACGGUAAUGAGGUGGCUUUGGCGUAUGUAAAUAAUGCCCUUCGGCGCUACACUGAAUUUCCAGACCUGCUCUAUUGGCGCGCGCAACUACGCUUUCUCGAGAGUGCCAACCAGGCCGAAUUAGAGGCUGUUCUCCCUUUGUGCACCUUAAAUGGCUCCACAGAUUCUACAGGCCGUUUACGUCAGGUGCUUCAGCGUGGCCAACACUGCAUUCAGUUGUGUCAGGAAGUGGACUCCUUACUUGCCAAGGGCGAAUGGAUGCCGCUUAUACAGGCGUGUACAAAAUCCUUAAAGAUCCCAUUUAUUGGCGAUCGGCUACGUGCGGGGAUUUUGGCAAAACGAGCGCGCGGCUUUUUCGAAGUUAAGCAUUAUUAUGAUUGCAUAGAUGACGUUGAAGCUGCCAUGCAAAAUGCGGCGGCGGGCAAUGAGAGAGCCCAGCUUCUGCUUCUUAAGGCUCUCGCUGAAGAAAAACUUCUGCGAUGGUCGGCUGCGAUUCGAAAUGCCGAGCUAGCCAUUAGGGAGCACCGCACCAUGGAAAUUGUCGAGGUUUGGAAACGUCUUUGCGAAGGAAAAAAGGAGUACGAGAGGCGUCAAGAGCAAAAGAAGCAACGACAUCGGUUUCCUCCGGGAAAGGACGACGAGGACGAGGAGGAGGAACAUUGCCCAGACGCUGGAGGGGCUUCAGAGAGGAGUGGCCUUCCAAGAAACCAAGCGGCAGGGUCAGGAAGAAGCGAACGCAAGAAAAAACACAUUGGAGGAAAGGAUCCUCGUCGUGUCGCGCAACUGUACGCUCAACUGUCACUUCCUACGGGAGCAAGUGCGGAGCGGGUGAAGAAGAGCUACCGUGCCUUGGCAAUGCGGUGGCAUCCAGAUAGGUGGUGUGGUGCAUCUGACCAGCAGCGGAAGGAAGCCGAGGAGAAAUUCAAAACUUUGAAGGCAGCCUAUGACGAACUCCUGUGUAUUGUUGUGGGUUAG